AUGGUGAACUCUAACGUGGUGUGUAGGCAGCUGAACUGCGGAGUGGCCGUGGAGAUCAGCAACAGCUCCAGAUUUGGACCAGGCUUGGGGCUCAUAGCGCUGGACUACGUGGACUGCAGAGGACAUGAAGCAGACCUCAGCCAGUGUGGAAGUCUAGGCUGGGGCAUUCAUGACUGUAACCACAGUGAGGAUGUGGGCCUCACCUGCAGAGCGAAGAGACCGUUUCAAGUGCAACUGGCGAAUGGAAGCAACAGGUGUGAAGGCAGAGUGGAGGUGCUCUUCUCCGGCGUGUGGGGCACAGUGUGUGACGACGACUGGGACAUGGUGGACGCUAACGUGGUGUGUAGGCAGCUGAACUGCGGCAUGGCCGUGGAGAUCAGCAACAGCUCCAGAUUUGGACCAGGCUUGGGGCUCAUAGCGCUGGACGACGUGGACUGCAGAGGACAUGAAGCAGACCUCAGUCAGUGUGGAAGUGAGGGCUGGGGCAUUCAUGACUGUGACCACGAUGAGGAUGUGGGCCUCACCUGCACAGGCCCUGAACCACCGGGCGCUUUCAUCGCCUUUGUCAUUAUCACUGUCGUUAAGGUUUUGGUGAUAAUUGCCAUAUCAGCAGCUUUUGUUGGAUAUCGAAUGAAAGGAAAACGUACGUCAGAGUAA